CUGAUUUUGCGGGAUUUUGGAUCUGACAGUUGAUUGUUUUAACACGCACAAGUCGGAUAUUUAAUGUUUUUGUCAGGUUGCAGGUGCAACAGUCAAAGGCAGAGUCACCGGGGUGUCAUCAUGUGAAGAUGACUUCAUUAGUGGCCUACGAAGAUUCAGACGAAUCAGAGGAUGAUAAUCUUGAGCAAUCAGAGGAGAGAGUAUCAGCCCCUGUCCAAGCUGGAUCUUGUGAACAAAACCAGGAAGUCAGGUUGAGUAAGUCCUCAGAGGUAACACCGAGCCCUCACAGCUUCGCACCUGACCCUGAUAGGUCAGUGUUGGAAUAUCGUGGAAGUGCCUCAGAAACAAGCAGUUUUUCACUACAGCCACAGAGCUAUUUUGACUGGGAAAGAAAAUAUUGCACUGACAAGACAGCACAAGAAAAACAUUUUAGAGAUACAGCAGCUCCUCUGAGUUUACCUUCGACUCAGGGGAAGAUCCCAUCACUGCAGACUCUUCUUCACACCACACAAAGUUUCGGGGAUGCGUCUGCCCCAGCAAAAAGACACCACACUGUCCCGUCUGGUGUCAGACCAUACAUUCCCAAAAGACUCAGACUUGCCACUUCAGUAGAGACGGUGGACCCACAGUGCCCAGCAGACCAAGUCUCAGGAAACCAGACCAGGGAAAGCCAGAUUCUCUCAGACGUGUCGGCGAGAAUAAAGCCGUAUCUUCCCCAUAAGCCCGGUGCUGCAGGGAUACCGAGGAGGCUUCUGAUGAGCCUGGGAGGCCACCAGGGUCCAGUCAACACGGUGCAAUGGUGUCCUGUGCCUCAUCUCAGUCAUCUGCUGCUGUCUGCCUCCAUGGACAAAACUGUCAAGGUGUGGGAUGGAGCAGAGAGCGGGCGAUGCCUGAGGGUUUACACCUGCCAUUCGGGAGCUGUGCGUGAUGCCUGUUGGACCCCCUGCGGGCGACACCUCCUCACUGGCUCCUUUGACAACACGGCUGUGAUCACAGACGUAGAGACAGGGCAGCAGCUAGUGAAAUUGGACAACCAGUUCAAAGUGAUGUGUGUGGCCCUGCAUCCCAGCAACCCAGAGGUAUUCCUGUGCGGAGGUUACAGCUCUGUGGUCAAGGCCUGGGACUCUCGCAGCUGCAAGGUGGUGAAAGCGUACAAAGCAGGGAUCCAGCAGACCUUGGACAUCCUGUUUCUGAGAGGUGGUGUGGACUUCAUAACAAGCUCAGACUGCGUGAGCAGAGACUCUGCAGACCGCACCCUCAUCGCCUGGGACUACCAGACCACAGCCAAGGUCUCCAACCAGAUUUACCAGGAGCGGUACACGUGCCCCAGCCUGGCUCUCCACCCACUGGAGGAGUCCUUUGUUGCCCAGACUAAUGGGGACUACAUUGCAGUGUUCUCCUCCCAGCAGCCCUAUAGAAUGAACAAGAGGCGGCGAUACGAAGGACACAAGGUGGAGGGAUACGCGGUGCACUGUGAGUUUUCUCUGGAUGGAACUAUCUUGGCAUCGGGAAGCUCCACCGGCUCUGCUCACUUCUACGAUUACCACAACGCUCGUAUGCUGCACACUCUCCACGCUCACAGCCAGCCCUGCCUGUGUGUUUCUCAGCAUCCCGUCCUGCCUGCGACCGCGGCCACCUGCGACUGGGCCGGUGAGAUCAAGGUCUGGCACUAAAGACUGUGAAUGAACAAGUUUUAAAAAGGGGGGGCAAGAGAAGACUGUAUUAAACUGAAAGCUCGUGCACAUCCAUCUUCAAGACUUUAUCUCCCAUAAUCUCUUGGUAUAAGAUGAUAAGAACUUGGCAAAGAAAUGCUGGAAGUCAGCAAGUCUACUAUCAACUGACGCCUUUGAAAAACAUUUUCCUACACUGUGUAUCCUGCAAAGCUUUCUCGUUAUUUUAACAACCACCCACAUCUUCAUUCCCGUUCAUAUGAACUUGCACUGGCACAAGAACAACAGACUCUAUUGUGUAAAUCCUACUAUAAGCAUGUUUUUCAUAUUUGGCCCGUCUCAUAUUGUUGUAACAUCCUGAAAACAGCGAGAGAUACACAGCGGAGAUAAAAGGAAGUUUCUCUGCAGUUCAAAGAGUGAAGUAUUAUGAGUUUUAUCUUCAGUGGAAGGUGGUGGGAAAGCAGUCUGGAUGUGCACACAAACACAAACACAACCUUAAUGCUUAUAUGCUCAGCUUUCCACUCCAAAAACAGCGAGGGACUUCAUCACCAUGUUCUUGAAGUUUUUGUCAAAACAAAAAGCAAAAAAAAUAUCUCUUUGGGCAUUUUCUAAUCAGUAGUGUUUUUCAUUUCACAUUCUGCAUACACAUCACUUUUCCUCUAUGCCUUUUUGUUCUCACUGCUCUGAUAUGACAUUUUAUUUUCACACUGACAGCUUAAAGCAUCACAGAGAGACAACCAGAGAACUAAAGAAAAUACGCAGACAUCUGUCAAAACAUUGCCAGGUUCUUCCAAAAUCCUGCCAGUCAACAACAGAGCAGUGAAGUGCAGACAGAUGCUUGUGAUCUUUAUUCAGUAUCUAGCAGAACAGUCCUUAAAAUACACUUUGCUGUUUGGUGCCGAGGGAAAUUCUAAUGGCUCAGUACUUUUUGUAGCCCCUGUGGUUGUUUAUACUGCAGCUAAUUAUACUUUGGCUGACAUUGUUGUUGUAAAGGACCAAUAAGCAAUUUGUGAAGCCGAAUAAUAAUUGGUAUGUGCAAAGUGGCGAAAACUGCUGUUUUUGAGUAAUCCCUGUGUGUUUUUACAGCUAUAGAAUAUCAUUAAUGUUAAAACAAUUAGACAGGGUGAAACAAUAUGACCUCAAAAGGGUGGAAAAGACCAAAUAAAGUUUAAGAAAACCUUGGUGAACAUUGGAGGGCCUUUUCAGGAAGAUGUUGUUGGAGAUGGUGUUGUCUCUUUGAUGUUCAAUGGGUAAGUAACCAAACUUUUAACUGUUAUGGUAAUGGGUGUCUGCUCAGUAUAUAAACUGUCACGUUGGGUGUUUAAGGCCUUGUCCACAUGAACAAGGGUAUAUUUGUAAUGGUAGCUUUUUUUGUGUUUUGGCCUUUUGUCCACAUGCAAACUGUGUUGGUCAUUUGAUAACACUCUUUUCAGGGUGAAGAUGUGUAGAAACUCAAUUUUCAAUGUUGAUGUGUAGACAGGGAAAACAGUUUUUGGCUUGUAACGUCAGUGUGCACCAUUGUUUCUUCUUGUGAGGCAUCACAAAUGAGGUGACAUUUCUUGCAAUAGUUAACAUGGCCAAAGUACUGCUAGUAUUAACCUCGCUAUCAUGACUUUUUACUUGUUUACACACAAAUGUACAGUUACUUUUCCAUGAAAUUGUUGAGUAGCGCCUUUAGAACGCACUACGGAGGUCACUGCUCCAGGUAACCUGCUGGACUGCCAACAGGGUUUUUUUCCC